AUGCCAGUCUCCACGCUCAGUUGCCCGCCGUGUCGUAAAGCCAAGAAAAAGGCCCGCAAAAGGAAAAUUGCAGCAACCGACAUCGAUGAUGAUAAGCCCAGCGAAUCUUUACUGCUAGAAGUAUUUUGGCUGGAGAGGUUGACGCAAUACUCAAAGUCUGCACUCGCCAUUCACCAGGAAACAUGCGAUCGACUCGACCUACCUUAUGAUGACUAUUACGGUGGCGAUGAUGUUUAUGAAGUGCUCGAACAAAUUGAAGAGAAUCGAGCACUAGUUAGAUCUAAAAUCGAAGCUUGUGAAAGUAAUUCGUCUUUAGCGGCUUUGCAUUACUUUUUAUCGAAGUCUUCAAGCACUUACUACUCCUGGGAAGGAGGAUCUGCAUCAGGCUUUGCGGUUUGGUUUGCCGGCGAGACAGAAACUACAUCCUCCAAACCCCCGCCUGAUCAGCAAGCCAGCCUUGCACUUUAUGCCCUCAAAUUGCAAGAAUGUCGACUCCUCGAGAAUUGGCGUCUACUGUGGCAAGAGGCUGAGCUGUCAUCUUAUGCCCAGAAGUACAGUGAAGUGAUGCAGCACCUGAGGACUAUUGAAAAUUGCACAGUGCUGCCAUUACCUUGGACACACAAUCUACUAUCACUAAUUGAAGGGAGAGAAGAAAGGGAACGACUAAUCUCAAGUCUCCAAGCCACAGAGGAGAAGGAUAUGUUUGGCCGCUCCCUGCUACACCUGGCCCUUGAUCUGGGUGUAGGUGACGACGCUGUACACCUGCUCAGUAGUGUCGCUAAUGAGCCCGACAUCUGGGGUCGUCUUCCUAUACACAUCGCUUCCUUCACUGGCUGUAUUGACUUAGCCACACGUUUGAUCUACGGCCAGGCAGAAAUUCAAAUGAAGGGUGGGAUGUGUUUGCAACCUCUCCACUAUGCUAGUGCCGCUGGGCAUUUGGACAUUGUGAAUCUGUUGAUUGGCAAAGUUAAAAUUGACCCAAAGGACCAGUAUGGCAAGACGCCUCUCAUCUUUGCUGCCAAGAACGGACAUGUAGCAACAGCUACUAUGCUUCUUGAGAAUGGGGCUAAUAUUGAAAUGCAUAAUACGCUUGGGUGGACACCACUGCUGCAUGCUAUCGCUCGUGGACGAGUGGGCAUUGUUGACUUACUCCUUCGUAAGGGCGCACGGGUCAAGCCAAUGAUGGAGACUAAAUAUUUUAUGUCACACCUUUUAACGGAAAGACAUCUUGGCGUCGUCAAGCUGCUUCUUGAACAUGGGGCAGUGGAGGAGUUUCAUCGUUUCAGUAACGAAAGUCUUCUACGUUGGGCUGCCAAGAUGCAAGAUCACCACCUCGCUCGUCAACUGGUCCUCCACGAAGUCAUUCGAACACCCAUCGCUACCAACGGUAUCGCUGCGCUUUCGUAUGCCGCUGAAGCCGGAAAUCACGAAAUCGUGGUGGAACUACUCGAAAACGGAAUGAACCCUAACGAAAGGUGCAGCGGUCGUGAACUACCGUUGUCAUACGCCGUCGUGGGAGGACACGUGAGUGUCACGAAAGAGCUACUCAAACACAACGCCAACCCGAAUGCAAGAUCUGGUAUAGAUAUGGAGGGUCAAAUGGUUAUCGUCAAAGCAUAUGAGCUACGGAAUCCGGAUAUCAUUGACCAUCUUGUUGCUUGGGGCGCGGAUAUCAGCGCUAUCGAUUCUCGUGGCUCGAUGCCAACGUCACCAGCUUUUCUAGAUGGGUAUCUAGGCGCUGCUGAAAUUCCAUAA